AUGCCGGUCUUCGUCGUGCGCAGUCACCGAUCUGGUAUCGAUGGCGUCCGCCUCAUCCGAUCCUUGGAAGAGACGCCGCCAAAGCAAAGCCUGCGCACGCUGCCGGAAAAGAAAAAUACGAGUACGACCCAGGUUCUUGACCUCACACGCUUCAUUCUCACGGCGGCUUCUAGUGCGACUUCCAUUACCCGACGGGCCACAUGUUUGGGCUUUGACUCGAUCCACGGGAUCGACAAACCUCGAAGCAUUGUUCGGGAUCUCGAAGACCAAGUUGGCCGUUUAAGCGUCGACCUGGCCGCCGUAAAAAGCCAGACCUGCAGCAUCUGGGACACGGUGGGUGGCACGGUGGAGAGACUGACAACCCGCCUUGCAAUAGUGACCGUCGAACCCACUGGACGACCCCGCAAGCAGGAGCAGCUCCUUCCGCUGGUCUCGAGUUAUUUUCUCUCCGACUCGCCCUUACCAUAUCUCAACCGUCAAGCCCGGGAUGCUACGAAGGGUGCCGAACCUCAGGUCCAGUCGUGGCGGGCCAUGGCAAUUUCUUCAAUCCCUCGCCAUGUUGUUGACGCCAUGUUAAAACAUUACUGCGAGACGUACCGCCCGCAGUACCCUUCGAUUGGCGAGGAAGACCUGUACAGAGCCAGAGACAAGGUGUACGAGAGUUCGCAGCUUGUUGGCUACGAUGCGUUUGUGAUUUAUAUCACGUUAGCCAUCAGCUCGAAUACGCUCAUGCAUAUCGAUGAGAAACGGGCCGCAACAACUACGGAUGGUCUGUGGGCCACGGCCGUCGUGCACCUAGAGCAAGUUGGCGCCACUAGCUCAUGGGAGCGCCUCCAGGCCUUGCAGCUUCUUACCCAUUAUGGGUUCCUGAACCCCCAACAUGUGAACGUCAGUCACUGUGCUGCUGCUGCUAGCAGACUGGCCUUGCAUCUCGGCUUGCAUGAAGAAUUGCCAAUCUCAACCCAGGUAAAACUGGAGCCUGCCAUUCUGAAUACUCGACGGAGGAUGUUCUGGAAUGCAUAUGGUAUUGACGCGGCAGCUCAUAGCGUCCGCUGUCAACCUUUUAAGUGGUCAAGACCGGCGAUCACGGCAAAGUUUCCUGAUUCCGAGUCUCAAGCGAUACCAACACACUCUGCUCAUAUGUGGUCGUUACGGGAGAUCGAGUGUGAGAUCACCUUGGGCUUGUACUAUCCUGUCUUUGCACACCAAGCUUCCAAUGCCGAUACUUCUUUCGAGUCCUGGUAUAUAAGCAUACAAGCGCGGCUGGAAGACUGGUAUCAGGCCAUUCGUCAAAGCAUCAAUCUCACGGAAAAGAUUGAAUUCCAUGAAUUGUUGUUUCAAAUCCAGGUGUUGAGGUUGAACCGGCCUUCGCCUCGUUGUCCUACGCCAACCAAGGAGAUGCGUAAAAGGGCUGUCAAAGCAUCUAUAGCCUUGAUCAAGGAGUACACCGUGCUCGAUCGACUAGGUAAGAUGUUCAUGCUGUGGCAUGCUGCUCAUUGUGUCGUCGAAGCCGGUGUCUAUCUACUUUCGUCUGUCUUGACGGGCAUCGAAUCCAAAAGCCAAGAUCGCCGACAUCUAGGAGGAGAGGACGUCAAUAUUUUGGCCAGAUACGUCAAGACAUUUCCGAGUCUCAUUUGGAAAAUAUCCCGUCGCUGGCCGAGCGUUAUGCCCUACGCCUCUGCCAUGGAUGCCAUUUCCGUCUCAGUCUUGGAGAAUUUGCAUCAAUGGUCAGAUGGACAAGACUCAUGGAGCUCUGACUUCGUCUCCCUGAAACAAAGGCUUGAUCAACUGACCCUGUUCUCCCCGACACCAUCCAAAGAACAAGCUCCAAGAAGUUAUUCACCACAGACCGGGGAAAUCGACCAGUACCAGGGAUUGCCUACCUUCUCUCAUUUGCCCGGGCAAUCUUACACUAUUUCUGAAUCUUCAAGUUUCCAACUUUCAACCAACCGAGAGCUUUCUUCGAUCAAUUCCGGCUGGUUGGGCAGUCAACCGGGCCCGGAGCAGAGCGUUCCUUUUGUCCCAGAGUCCUACACCCUCGAGUACGGUGACCCAAUGGCAUGGGACUUUUCUGGAAUAGAUUCAGAGGAGAUUUUCGCUGCACUACUGGAGCAAGGACAGUCAGAUAUCUUGAUGCUUCAAUGA